UAUUUGAUGUGAAUGUUAGUCACAGACACACAAAGCGCUGACAUUAGUGUAGAAAUUGAGUCAAAUGUAUGUCUAAUGUGUUGUUCACUAAUAGAGACAAACGUUUUGUUUUCAAACAUUUGAAUACAAUAUUCAAUUGAUUUGUCAUUGAUUUCAAUCAAACACAACACUAAAGUCCAUCAAUUGUUGUGACAAAUGUCGAGAUCAGGAGGUGUUUCCCGAUCGGGAAGAGUACUGAGAAAGAGUGCCAAACUCAUGGAUAUGGUUACUCAAGACAAUGAUAACCGAAGUACUGGCAAAACUUUGACACCAAUGGACAGUAUGAAGACAAACGACAAUGACAUUAGUCUUAAUGAAGAGACGGCUAAAUGUGACACCGAUUCGGCCAAAACUCAACAUAAGAAUCUCAAAAUCAAGUUAUGUCUGAAUCCUAAGCCAUCCUCUGAUAUCUAUGACAUUAAAGAUAACGACACAUCUGUUAACAAUGAGAUCGACCAAAGUUUACCAAAGAAGACAAUUCCGACGCUGAAGAUUCCCAAGAGUAAGAUUAUUGGCUCUUUGGUGCCAAACAACGACAUCGAUGUUAGUGAUACAUCCGUGACAACUGAAGAUAAUUUAAUGUCCAGUUCUAUGUCAUCCGUUGAUGAAAGAAAUGCGAAAAAAACAAAAAUUAAAAAAGAAAUAAAUGAUUUGAAAGUCGAUGAAAAUGAGAUUAAAGACGAAGUGAUUAACCAUAACGAUAACGUUAACAAUGAAGAGGAAAGUGUUAAUACAAAUGAUAAACAAGAGACACCAAAAUUAACCAAAACAGCAAAGACUGUAAAGAAAGAGCCGGAAACAGAAUCACCAGCUAAUAGACUUUUCAGACAAAUCACAUCAGGAGUGACACCAAAUCUUAAUAAAAAUAAAAGAAACAAUAAAAGGACAAAAUCGUUGCCAUUAGAAGAUAUGACACAAAUAUCUUUCGAUGAAGAUUUCGAGGAGACAUCACUUAUUAUAGAAACCGAUGAUUCUAUUAUUAAAUCUAAGCCUAAACCUAAAAAAUCGAGACCAUCGAAGACAACAUCCGAUAACAAAAGAAGUGAUAGAAAAUCUAUGAAAAGCAAGAAUAGUUUGGAUGACAAACCAAAGAAAAAGGUGAUCACAGCUUACAUGCUUUGGUCUAAAGAACACAGAAGUAAAAUACAACAGCAGUGUCCAGAUUUAGACUUUGCAGACGUCAGUAGAAAGUUGGGUGAAAUUUGGAAGUCAAUGCCUGAUAAAGAAAAGGUUGGAUGGAAACGGAAAGCACAGAAACUGGUCACUAAAGGCUCAUCCAUUAUAAGCACCGGUAAACCAAAGGUUUUGACACAAUUCUCAAAACUGAAUCAUUCGACAAACAAUUCUCUUGUAUAUAAUAAUGACGACUACGCCGGCUAUACAUCCAUUGAAGACAUGUGGCAACCAAUUAGCACAAAACCAAUUGAUGUUUCAUCACAUUUAACAUUAUUAGGCGAAUCUCUAACAACAAUAGGUCAGCGACUUAAAGAGCACAGCGGACAGAUAGCUGUCUCCGGUUCGUUAUCUGUAUUAUUAGAUUCAACUUUAUGUGCCAUUGGACCGCUUCUCUGUCUCACACAAUUGGAUCCAAUUCUUGAUGGUUGUCCACAGGACAUCCAUAAGAAGACAUUAGAUAACAUUGCAUAUAUUAUGCCUGGAAUUUAAUUAACAAAAAACGUGUUUUUCAAUUAUUUAAAUUUUUAAAA